UCGGCGGAGGCUGUGCGCCCGGGGGAGGAGCCUGCGCGGCCGGGCGGCGGGCGCAGCGGCCCAGCCAUGUCGGCCGAGGAGAUGGUGCAGAUCCGCCUGGAAGGCCGCUGCUACCCGGUGAGCAAGAGCAAGCUGAUCGAACAGAGCGACUACUUCCGCGCGCUCUACCGCUCCGGCAUGCGCGAGGCCGUGCGGCCCGAGGCAGGCCCCGAGGUGCAGCAGCUGCGCGGCCUAAGCGCGCCCGGCCUGCGCCUGGUCCUGGACUUCAUCAACGCCGGCGAGGGCUGGGGCCUGGGCGAGGACCAGCUGGCCGAGGCUAGCUUGCUGGCGGAGCUGGUGGAGGCUGCGUCCUUCCUGCAGGUCACGGCGCUACUGCGUCUGCUGCUGUCGCAUGUGCGCCUGGGCAACUGCCUGGAGUUGUACCGCCUGGCGCAGGUGUACGGGCUGCCCGACCUGCAGGCUGCCUGCUUGCGCUUCAUGGCGCUGCGCUUCCACCAGGUGCUGUGCCAGCCGCAGUUCCCGCUAUUGGUGUCGCCGCCGCAGACCCCGGCGGACUUCAGCCUGAAGAAGCAGCUGAGGGAGGCCCGCAUGCGCGGGACCCCGGUCCUGGUGGCCCUGGGGGACUUCCUCGGGGGACCUCUGGCCCCGCAUCCAUAUCAGGGGGAACCCCCGUCCAUGCUUAGGUACGAGGAGACCACGGAGCGCUGGUUCCCGCUGGCCAACAACCUGCCCCCGGACCUGGUGAACGUCAGGGGCUACGGCUCAGCCAUCUUGGACAACUACCUCUUCAUCGUGGGUGGGUACAGGAUCACCAGCCAGGAGAUCUCGGCCGCACACUCCUACAACCCCACCACCAACGAGUGGCUGCAGGUGGCCUCCAUGAACCAGAAGCGAUCUAACUUCAAGCUCGUGGCCGUCAGCUGUAAGUUGUACGCCAUCGGCGGGCAGGCUGUUUCUAACGUGGAGUGCUACAAUCCUGAGCAGGAUGCGUGGAACUUCGUGGCCCCCCUGCCCAACCCUCUGGCUGAGUUCUCUGCGUGCGAGUGCAAGGGGAAGAUAUACGUCAUUGGCGGAUAUACCACCCGAGAUCGCAACAUGAACAUCCUGCAAUACUGCCCGUCUUCGGACCUCUGGACGCUGUUUGAGACCUGUGACGUCCACAUCCGCAAGCAACAGAUGUUGUCCGUGGAGGAGACCAUAUACAUCGUGGGCGGCUGUCUCCACCAACUGGGGCCCAACCGCAAGAGCAGCCAGAGCGAGGACAUGCUCACCGUGCAGUCCUACAACACGGUCACCCGGCAGUGGCUCUACCUGAAGGAGAGCAUGUCCAAGUCGGGCCUGAACUUGACGUGCGCGCUGCACAACGGCGGCAUCUACAUCAUGAGCCGGGAUGUCACCCUGUCCACCAGCCUGGAGCACCGAGUGUUCCUCAAGUACAACAUCUUCGCGGACAGCUGGGAAGCCUUCCGGCGCUUUCCAGCCUUCGGACACAACCUCUUGAUCUCCUCUCUCUGCCUGCCCAACACUGCAGAGACCUGACUCACCCUAGC